AUGACUAGAAAACAAAGUAACGUAUCCUUCCCACUGACGACCCCACUGGCGACGUAUAUUUCAGAGACGCCCAAACAACACCUGACUCCAAACACGUCAUUGGUAGAACAUACACGGAAUAAUGCUUCACGAACGGGACCAUACACCGACUACGCAGGGAAGAUAACUUUACCCGUAGCCCUUUUAGUUGGAUUGGUUGGUAACACUAUCACCGUAGUUACAAUGGUAACGAAACCGUUUCGAUCGAUGACUUGGAGCAUACUUCUGACGUCUCUGGCUGUAGUGGACAACGUCGUUCUGUUAGCAGUGCCAUUCAAUAAACCAUUCAUCGCCGAACUGCUUGGAGUGGACAUUCCUUCAAUGAACACGGCUACCUGCAAAGUGUACCACUUCAUUCGCCGCAUAUCGAAGAUGAUUUCUGCUUGGUUGAUAGUACUCGUGUGCUUUGAACGAUUCGUCGCCGUCUGCUUCCCUAUGAAAGUCAAACAGAUCUGCACCAAGAGGAGGACAGCCAUAUCGGUUGUCUGCGUGUUUUUCGUGUCUGCUGCGUACUGUAGUCUGUGGGUUUCAACAGCUGACAUCGUUAAUGGCGUGUGUGUGCAGACAGUCGUAACCCCAGAGUCUCGCACCAGAGCAAUGUUGUAUAUUAUUCUGGGCUCUGUUCUGAUCGUGGUCCUGCCAAUGACCAUAAUGCUCGUUCUGACUCCCAUAACGUGUUUCGUGUUACGCAAACAUAUGCUUCUGAGAACACAACUCUCAAGUGCAGCUGGACAAACUGAUAACUAUACCAAAGCCACCACCAUGCUGGUGAGCCUCUGUGUUGCUUACAUCGUGCUCCUUACCCCAACUAUGGCUAUGUACAACCUUGCGUUUUACUUUAAAGAGAGCUUGCUGACGACGCGGAAUACGACACUGGUUAUUUUGAGAGAGCUAUCCCAGGUCCUCGAGCUCAUGAACUACUCCAGCAACUUCUUUCUGUACACGGCUUUCAAUGACGUUUUUCGUCGCCGAGUAAUACACUGUGUGACGUGUCAUCGGAGGACUGUUGUCGUCACCGAGGCCACCUCGUGUACCCAGUCGCGCAACAUCUCAAUGGUACAGCAGAAUAGCACACCCGCCGUGUCCAUCCGCAGCAACACUGUUAGCAUGGACACAGUAUUAACUGAUUACAAAAUGGACGGCGAGUCCUAA